AUUAACCGUAAUUUCAGCGAAUCGAUCCAUCCAACAAAACAGCAAAUGAAUUAUGGUAGCGUAGAGGCAUCCUUGGAGACUUUGCUCUCGCCUAAUGUUAUACUUAAGUUGACGAAUCAUUGAAUCGGUAUGGUGCAUUGGUUUGCUAAGUUGUACUUGAAAUGGCCAGCAGAUGUGAGAGCCGUCAGAGUCAGAGGGAGAAAUUAGCUGUUAUGGCGCCGUAAUCUUUCUUUCAGGAUGGGAGUUGUUUUCCCCAAGCCUUCAAAGAACUCUAUUACUUCAACAAUGGAUGGAAAAAAUGCUUCCUUUAUAGAAGGUGCUGUUGUUCCAGUUCGUGUGUCGGACGAGGGGUUUCAUCCAGUGGAACUUGUCCUGUAUCAAGGACAGAGCAUUUCGUUUGAAUGGAAUGUAGACAGCUCAUCUAAAGGUUUCAGAAUAUUUCAGGUUUGUGGUAUGGAACUGAAUCGUGUUCCUGGUGGAUACAACAGUGGUGAUCUGACAUCUGAUAGAUCUUUCAAGGUGUACUUUGGAAGGAAAGGACAAUUCACCUUUAUUAGUGAGUCUAAAGAGCACAGCUUUGUGAUAUUGCCUUUCAAGGUACAAGUAGUGGAGAAACCAAUGAACAUCAUCAAGAUCACAGAUGAAGGAUUUGAGAAGAUGUUGGUGAACAUUGAAGAAGGAGAGACUGUUCAGUGGAGCUGUGAAUAUGGAGAUUCUAAAGCUUUAUCUUGUUCCAUUCAAGAGAUGGAGUUUUGUUUUAAACAUGCAAGGCUUGUUCCAAAAAAAUCAAGGAUCACUGUUUAUUCAACACAUGAAAUGACAUUUCAGGACACAGGGCUGUUCUACUUCUACCUUGACAAACAUGAUACAGGCACAGACUGGCUUAAUGACCAAGGAAACUUGAUUUGUGCUGUGAGAGUUACUCAAGUGAACAGGGAGUUCUCAGUUCAUCUAUCUGAUGAGGGUCUUAAUACAAGCAUGAUAUCAGCCAGAGUUCAAGAUAGAAUUUGGCUUGACUGUCCAACUAACAGGACCCAUGCUAGAAAGAUUUUGGAUGUGUGUAUUUAUAAAGAUACCAUGGCAAAUCCAUUGGUUUCAGCACAAUUGUUUGCUGGCUCAGCCAGAAUUGCUGAACUUGUUUCCUAUCAAUUUGUUGAGCCUGGUCUUUAUCACUACAUGUAUAACAUGGCUGAUCUCUCACAGUUUCGAGGAUGUGUUGUUGUGCAACCAAAACCAAGAGAACAUGUUGUUAACAUUGUUGAUGGACAGUUUAGACCAGCUCUUCUGACAAUUAAUGAGAAGGAUAGGAUCUGGUGGAUUUGGAAUAAUAGUCAGGGUUUAUCAUUCAUUUUGAAAGAGUUGAACUGCUGUACCCCUUUAACCAGAAGGAAAUCUCUUUGCUUAGGAUGUGAUUGUAAGGAACUGAGUGACCCGGUGGAUUUUGUGCAACUGUUGGGACUGAUGACUCACAAGUUUGAUUCCAUAGGAGAAUUUAGUUUCCACCUGGUCCCUAAGGAUGACCAAUCUUUUCCAUCUACUUGCUGUUCAGUGGUGGUGCAGACAACUUCAAAGCAUUAUUCAGUCAAAGUUUGUGAUGGACGCUUUACACCAAAGAUCUUAAAUGUACAUCCUGGAGACUGGGUAUGGUGGCAGUGGAGUGAUACUAAAAGACCCCAUAACAUUAAACAGGUCUCGCACCAAUGGAUAUCACAGGCCAGUGGAUUUGACAGUGGAAAGGCAACCAAAGCAGCAAGUGCCUUUACAAAUGUAUUUCAAGACCUUGGUAUAUUUUAUUUUGCAAGCAAUGGCAUUCCUGAAAUGCUUGGAGCUGUUGUUGUGACCCCGUCAUCUAAGUUACACAUAGCUGAUAUAACAGCUGAGGGAAUUCAACCAGAUCUAUUGGUGGUAUCAGUAAAUGCCUGUGUUACUUGGGUGUGGUCAGAUGGGACAUGCUGCAAUUUGCAGGAAAUAUCCCAGCAAGGUGAAGUUCAAGGAAUGUUGCAACCAUCACACAGAGUCCAUUUUAAAAGGUGCCACACACGCCUCUUUGGCAAAGCUGGAAUGUACCAUUUCUUAUGCUCAGGAUGUCAUGACAGUGAAAGUGAGGUUCACAGUCAAAGAAGUGAUACUUUUAUCCACUCUGUGUUAGUAGACCCAGUCCCCUACUCAUGUAGGGUUGGAGUUACUGCAGCUGAAGGGUUCAAACCAUCAGUUCUAACAAUAGAAAAGUCUCAGUGUAUUCUUUGGACAUGGGAGAACCAAGAAAAUGAAGAACAUAACAUUAUCCAUGUAAGACCACCCCAGGCUAAAGAGCUGCCCCUCUCUCGUGUGGUUGGUCUCUCGGCUUUUAACAGUGGUCAGAUGACAACUCGCAGUACAUUUUUUCACACAUUUGAUGUUGUUGGAACAUAUUUCAUAUCAUCAGAAGGAACCGAUGGGCAUUUGUGUAGAGUGGAAGUCCUAGAAAAGGCUGCGCAUGUUGGACCACCUGGGAUUCCUGCUGGUAAGAAAGACGGAGGAAAUGUUGAAUGUGGUUAUCAAGUUUUCCUGGAAUGUGAAACAGAAGAAGUAGAAAUAUGUUACACUCUGGAUGGAUCCUACCCAGCUGAGUACAAUUCAAAACUUAUGCAUUACAGUGAGAAGAAAGGAAUUUUUCUAGCCCAAGCUGGAUUCUUUGUCAUUAGAGCUGUAGCCAAGAAAGAAGGCUGUGUAACAAGUUCAGUGUAUACUUCAAAACGUUUCUGGGUCAUUAAAAGCGAUGAUGUUGUUCAAGAGGAUAUGAUCGAUGAAGAGUCUGAGCAGGAACAGGGGACUGGAUCAGAGGAAGUAGAUUUGAAAGAAGAGAUAUUCAAGUGGCAUUGGUUAAGUUGUAGGCCGAGUAUUACCGUAGAGCUUGUUUGUGACAACACAUUUAACAUCAAUGUUACUCUGGGAAACGCUGCAGACCUAUCAUGGAUCAAAGGAUUUCAGCUUUUCCUAAACGGUCAACACUACGGUGGAUGGUUCGGCCCGCACUGCAGAGGCUUGGUGGUCAGCGGUAUGAUAGGUGGAAAGGUCUAUCACGUGGUGUUGGCUGCUUAUCCAACCCAAGAAUCAUUUGAACCCCAACUCUCCAAUGAAGUGGUGAUUUCAUGCCCUUUACAAACUUUAUCCGGGGGACCAGUAGUGUCUUUGGAAGCUGCCACUUCACCCCAGUCUCUUGUGAUUGUAUGGCCAAUCUUCUGUGAUCCUAAUACUGCUGAUAUCGUAUCUUACUCUGUGAUCAUUAAUGAUCAGCCGUUUGGAGAACAGGUAAUACCGGAAUCGGAAAGCGACUACUGUAGAGUAGUAUUUGAAAGCAGUUUGCAAGAUCAGACCUACUCAUUGUGUGUAGCUUCUCAUUCUCCCGGAUCAGAUGUUUUGCUGUAUUCAAAUGAGGUAGAAUUCUCGCUGCCAAUACCAGAGGAAAUUCUUGGUGCUCUACGGAAAACAACUACUGAAAAUUAUUCUGAGGAAGGCGAGGAAAUUCAAGAUGGCGAAGCCGCGCGGGAGCUGCUAUUAGUAGCUGAGCAAGUCACUUCGGAGUCGUGUGUAACAGUUCAGUCGGCUGGGAACGAAGAGCUUUCUUUGAAAUCACUUAUCAGUAAACUGCAGACAAUCCCUGAAGAUCAACCGCUGAUUGCUUUGGCUGCUGAGCCUGAUGCAGACGUUGAACAGAGAGUUUCAUCUCAAGAGAUGGAUCAUGUACAGACUAUGUCAGUAGACAAUGAGUCGUUACACCGCCUUGAAGAACAAGAAAAAGUGGCUGGAGAUGGACUCGUUCCUUUAGGAGAUAAAGAAGCUGAUGUGAAAGAUGCACCGGCUGACUUGUCCUCAGCUCAGGUGAAAGAUGAGACUUGUACUGCAGUUAACGUUGAACUGGACUCUACUAUUUUCAGAUAUCUCGGCGGAAGCUGUCGAGGAACAGAGUCAAGUGCAGAAUCGCUGACAGACUCUAUAGAAGACAACAAGAGAGUACGUCAGCUACACGAAGAAUAUAUUGACGAAGCUACAACUAGCCAAUCUAAUGCUAAAAGUGACAUUCCUGCACACGUUGUGUUUAGUGAAUUAAAAGAUGAUGUUAUUGUUAAUCAGUCCGUUGAACACGAUCACAAAUUAACAAUAGAACAAGCGUCAGAGCAGUAUGAAGUGACUCAAGAAACACUAGUAAAUAGAGAAGUGGAGAGGACUGAGUUUAUGGAUAAUGACAAAAAACCCUCUGAAAUCAUCGAACAAACGUCUUCACGUGAAACGAGUGCGGAUCUUUGGGAUCAAAGCGAGAAAAAGGGCGAGGAAGAUACAACAACAAAUGAAAACUUCUCAGCUAAACGUGACAAGUUCAAUAGUCACGCAAUGAGUCACGUAGCCAGCCAGGGUAGUACCGAUCAUAACAAAGCUGGAGACAAUGGUGCUCAGGGAAUUUGGGACAAUGACAAACCUGAGGUUGAAUCAAGAACAGAGCUUGAUCAGGAUAUUGUACGUGACGAUAUUCAUUUCAACGAUCUUAGGCACGAUGCUUUUAUUGCUCAGAGCCAAAGAAGCGAAGUAGGGGAGACAGCUUAUGAUAGCCCUGAAAAGGUGGUCUGUGGUUUAUCUGAACUUGAUGCUUCAGACGAGAUAGAAGAAUCACAAGAUAGUGCCACAGAAAUAGAGGAUGAGAAUGUGCGUGGGGCAAAUUCAGAGAGAGGUGAAUGCCUGGAAAAAGGGAUUUUACCCGACUACCUUGCGCAGCUUAUUUUAGGGCGCGAAAGGUCAGCGCAACCAGUUAAAGUCACAGAACUGAAGAAUGGAUACCAGCAAGACGAAAGAGAUUAUUUAGAAUCAAAAGGUAUACAGCUGCAAAAUUCCUCCCAUGAAGAAGCAAACGGAAAACGUAAGAACGAGAACCUACAAGAAGAGCUGAUUGCUGCCGCAGUCGAAGUGUUACAAGAUUCACUAAACAGUUUCACACAAGUGGAAGACAGAGCCAUUUCAAUGUCAAAAGGAAAAGGUGAAGUCGAAGGACCAAAUAACGAACGGCUUAAGGAAUGCACCAACUUUGAAAAGGUCGUGUGUGGAGAAAACCAAUUAGCAGAUUUAACACCGCAGGAAACGAACUGUGUUACUCUUUCAUCUAAACAUGCAGGAGACGGCAACAAUGUCCGAUUUGAAGUUGUGGACGACAUUUGGUCGGCGUUAAGUAGCAAUGGUUCAGUGAAGAAUGAUAACGACAGAAUAAUGACUGUUGCUUUAGAAACAACAGAGAUGCCCACCUUCGAAGAAUCAUCAGUCGUUGAUGAUCCUAUGUUCGCGCUCAACAGUAAUCAAGAUGACGUAGACUUCCAACUUGAAAGUGGAAAUAGGGAGUCCAACAUGAAGGGAGAGGAAGCAAAAGAUCGUUUCCAAGGAGAGGUAUUGGAAACAAGUUACGACAAAAAUUCUGCAGAUGGAUCCGAACAUCUUCCCAGACCUCUUCUCGUAAUCAAAGGAACAACGCCCACCGCCGUGACUCUGGAAUGGGAAUGGACUUUGCAGCCCAAACAGAUCGCCGGCGCAGAUAUUGUCUACUCGGUGUUUUCCCUUGGUAGGAAAUUUCACAGCGAUAUUAAUAGCAAUUUUUGUUUCAAAUUUGAAGACAGUCCAGUAAAGACAAUGUGGCCAAAUGAAAUCGCUAACUUAAAACAACACGCAUGGCGUACAACUGGUAGAGUUAUCGAGAUCACUGGUUUAAGACAACGUUGCAGUUACAGACUGGCCGUUCUUGGCCAAUUGAUGCCAUGUGCUGGCGAAAGCCUGUCUCGUGUUAUUUCCUUUACCAUGCCCGGGGCGCCAAAGUCACCGGUGCUCCACGUCAGAGACCUCCAGGAUAGACAGGUUACUCUGACGUGGAAGCCGUCCACGUCAUUCGGAGAUGCAACUGUCGUGGGAUAUAGACUGCUGAAGGAUGGCAAGGCAUUCAGGGAAGACUUAGCCUCUGAAACUCUCAGCUUAUGUUUAGCUGGUUUAGAGGAAGGUAUAAUUCAUAACUUCAGUUUAAUAGCUGUAACUGGACACAAUGUAGGAGACAGCAAACCUUCCAAUACAAUUAUUGUGCACUGUCCUACUGUACCUGAAUCUCCAGAAAUCUACAUCAUAGAAUCGUCAACUUGGGGAUCUAUAUGCAUCGCCUGGAAACGCAAUGAGCCAGUGAACUCCAGUUACUCAGAGAAGCAUGCGCAGUACAGCUACUGUGUCUAUGUAGAUGGAGUACUACAUGGGGAAUGUGCUCUGGAUGAUGUGACCGACAUAUUCUCAGAUGAACACACUUAUACCAUUACAGACUGCACUUUUGAGCGAAAGUACAGUCUGAGCAUUAGAAAAUAUCUAAAUCCAGAUGUAGUUACUGGUGAAGAUAAAAAUAAGGUUUACGUGUGUGGUUGCUAUGGCGAGAGCUCCAACAUUUUGGAGGUUUACUGCGCAGGACCACCAUCUCCCCCUGUGCCUCGGGUUUCUCGUAUUGACCAAUCAGGAGUCACCUUGUCAUGGAGCAAGUCACGUGAAUAUGGUGGAGUUGCUUUAGCGGGCUACAUUCUUCACGUUAAUGGUAAAUGGUCAACAGAGCUGUUUUCCCCGGAACAACAAGAAACAAAAUUAACAGGUUUUAGGUUAGGAGAGGUUAUCCGCGUCCAAAUGGCUGCAGUCACUUCAGAUCGUGGCGUUCCGAUAUCAGAAAUAGUUAACCAGGAAGUCAAUAAACCGCAUUUCUUUCCAUCAUCAGUUGAAUUACUUGAUAGUGGUGUGGAAAGCAGCUCGAGUUUCCUUUCCAAGGGUUCAGUCGACCAUACGAAACAGCUAUCACGCUCUCUAGGGCCGCCAUUGCUGAUCCAGUAUUCCAACUUGGUCAGACAAAUUUCCAGUUUUGGACUCACCAAUGUAUGCUGUCGUUCUGUUUCCAUUACAUGGUCAUUGGAUUUUACUGCUUCUUGUUCCGUUGAUCCGGAGAUACUAAAUGCUGUAUGCUGGAAAACUACAGAACAACGAACAUCUGUUAUGAGACACAGGAUUGAAGAGAAGCCUUUCAGAAUCAAAGACCUAGAACCAGGCAUGGAGUACUAUGUAAUGUUGGAAUGUUUUGCGGCACACGUUAAUGACGACAGUUCCAAUGAACAACCAAUAAACCGUACUCAGUCCCAGCCCAUCUCGUUCAAGACGGGCAUAGCGCCAGGCCCUCUAACUAAUAUUUACGUGGUCUCAGCUACAGAGCAAAGUAUCAAACUAGCCUGGAAAGCUCCUGUAGAACACGAUGUCCCAGCAGCCAUGAUUCUAGUGAACGUAAAAAUGACCAAUCAACAUUCAACUGAUCAAGGCGUAGACUUUCAUGUCUCCCCCGACUCCAACGUUUUUGAUUUUGAACACUUGGCUCCAAGAACCCUAUAUACAUUUACUCUGAAAGUCUUAACUAAAGAUGACAUCUUCGACAUCCCUGAAGGGGGAAGUACUUCAGUUGCGAGUUUCUGUGCGUCGACAAACGGCGUAGAUGCCGCCGACAAACUUAAACUUACGUCACGCUCUCCUACCUCACUUGCUAUUAAAUGGCAGUCAGCAGUGGCCUAUGGUUUGUCCAUCAUUCGGCACCACAUAGUACAUUAUGUCGAAAACAGACAGCAACGAAAGAGGUCACGUGGUAAAGUGGUACAGGAAGCGGAGACCGUUAAUGAUUUCCUCGUCGAGAGCGAACGCUGUGAAGCAGUGUUAAGAGGACUGGAACCUGGUAGUGUUUAUAGGAUCAUUGUUCAGACGGUUGAAGGAAUUAUGGACUAUUCGUAUGAGGAAGACUUUGACAGUGACCAUAGUGACACGAAUUCCACAAACAGUAGCGCUCCAAGUGAGAAACCUGCUGAUUUGCAACGAAUUUACCUAUCAGGACCCCUGUUAGUUUCUACCACUGCCCCACCUGAAUCGCCUGUGCUUAUGGUUAGCGGUUUUACUGCAACUCAAAUUCAUCUGUCAUGGAAUAGACCUCUGGUUCUCUCGCCAGUCACUGAUGAUGAGGAAAUUCCAUGUGGUCGCGUGCGUCAUUUAAAGGGUUUCCGUGUGCAAAUGAAUGGCCGCGUGUUCACCAGAUUAACCGCUGAUAAGAAAAACAUUACUAUCAAGAAAUGCAAAUCAGGAAUGAAGUACACUUGUGUUGUUGUGGCUAUGACUUGUCCAGAGAUGUUUGGUUGUCAACAAAGGAAGAGUGAACCGUCUGACUCAACCAUCAGCGGCACAGACACAGAUGAAGAUGACAUUAAAUCCUCCUUGUACUGUUUCGAAGAGUCGGCCUCAGAUCCCGUCGAAGUCACUUUACCUCGUCAGGACUGGGGAGUUUGUUUGAGAGUAGAUUAUUGUGCAAGUAGGCCUGCCAGCUCGUUGGGAAGCAGUACGUGUAGUGAGACUGGUGACGAGGAGGGUGGAGUGGUAGCUCGGUGGAAUUUGAUGUCUGACGUAGCAGUUUAUACGAGUGGAUAUAGACUGGUUUGGUAUUGCAGUACACUUGAAUAUCGGAUGGAAGUUUUCUUACCUGGGAAUGUAAAUGAAUAUGGAAUCUGGUCUGUAUCACCGAGUGCUGUUUACACUAUUUACUUGGAGUUACUUGACGAAACAAAAGAAGCCAAAGCUGUGUUUGGUCCGGUUCAUUGUCAGACACCAGGCCCUCCCGCUUCUCCAUGGAUCUGGUGCCGAACUUUGUCUCCGUUUCAGAUCACUAUCGAGUGGAAUGAACCUGUUACAUACGGGGAUGUUUGCAUCCGGGGUUUUCAGGUUUAUCUUAACGACCGUCGCUUGGAGAAAUUAGUUGACCGAACGCAAAGACGAGUCACUAUCCACUGCCAAUCAUCCUGUGUGUACCGUGUAUCGCUCGUAGCUCUUGGAUCUGAUCCUCAGUAUGGUGACUCUCCCCCGUCCAAUGUCCUGAAGCUCUGUACUCCUGUUGCUCAAGACAGCUUAAUGAGACGUAGACCUUCAGGGGGGGUCAGACGACCAUCUCUUGACUUCACAGUUAAUGUUUUAUCUACUUCAAAUACAAGCAUCUCAUUCGAAUGGACUCAUCCCCCGGAAAUAUGGGAUACCGCUGAUCAUUAUGUCAUUAAAUGGAGCUCUGUUCUCCAACCGCAGGCUCAAGAGCUAACAUUACCAUUGACUCGGACCUGUCACGUGGUUGAAGACUGUUCUCCAGGAACCAAUCACUUUCUUGUUGUUGCAGCCGUGAAUGCUAGUGGCGGCCUGGUUUCCAGGUCAGAGCAGUAUUCAUUACAAACGUUGGCUCCUGUUCAACAACCUGUCCUUAAAUUGAGAUUUUGUCGUCAGGCGAGUAUAACAAUUGAAUGGAGCAAGCCAGCUACUUUUGGAGAUGCUGAAAUUGAUCACUACGAGCUUAUGGUCAACAGCAAAUCAGAAGCACAGCUGGAUGUUGAGUGUAGUGAAUACAAGUUUAACACCUGUGAUCCUUGCCAAGUGUACACAUUUGUUUUAAAAGCUCUCAGCACUAAACCAACCUGUGAUAGCAGCUGGUCGGAGCCUUUGGUAGUUACGUGCCCUGGUUCUGAGAAGCCUCAGAUCACUAGGAUCCAGUCUCAACAGGUCAACUGUAUAAGUUUAGGAUGGAAGCCACCACUUCUCAAGGGUGGAGCUGUGUUGGAUAGUUACAAGGUUUAUUACCUAGAAGAUAAUGGUGAAUUGGUGACGAGUGAAGACCUCAAAACAAAUAAAGAGACAAUAAAACAUGGUCCACUACCCAGCCAAACUGAAAAGGAUGAACUUCUUCCUGUGUCUCCUGACCGUCACUACUGGGUCAUGCUGCAAUUGGAGCUCUUACCAGAAGAUUGCCGGGAAGUUUGCUCUGAGCCAAUCAAGACACGCGCUGCUGUGUCGCCUGACCCACCUCUGAUUAGUUUAGAAGUCGAGUGUUUGGACGAGAGGAGGAGACUGGAGAAGAUAAUAUGUGAACUGACUUACAAGCGAGACAGGCUUCAGAGGAUGGUUAAUUUAUUGGAAAACAGCAUUGUUGUAAAAGGAUCUAAGGAAAAAGAUGACAAGAUUGCUGAGGCCACCAACUCUAUUUUGGAAAUUCAUUCAGAACUCUCCGACGCACUAAAAGAUAUCAAAGAAUUCACAGGAUCUGUUUCAACUCUUAUAAGAUGGUCUAGACCACGUGACGAUGGAGAUGCAGUUGUGAGCGGUUACCAGGUUUUUGUUGAUGGGUUCCGUUACGGCAAGAUUCUAUCACAGUGGAGCUUAGAAACCCGUUUGAAGUUGUCAGUUGAUUGUCACGUGAUUGCUGUGCAGACACUCACUGAUCACCCAGUUGGACCCAGUUCUCUUUCCAAUGCAGUUUCACUGUCUGGUCGUGAAUUUGAUCCUUUUGUGUUAUUCUGUUACUUUGACGUACACAAAAGAGGUGAAAGUUGGCCAAUACAUGGCUGCUGUGACUGGGACGAUUCUCAUUCUUUCGAGCAUAAACACAGGAGUCAGUCUUCAGGUCGAGUCUUUAUACCACGAGGAAUCCUGGCCCGUAGAAUUCCUUGUCCUGUGUUUAGUGUAAUGGACGUUUUCAGUGCUCUUUGGCGACCAGUAGCUACUCUUGGUCUCAACAGGAUGGUUGCUUUGCUGUUUUGGACAAAGUGGUGUUUUUCGUCACUAAAGGUCAUGGAGUAUUUCGUUCAGUUUGCUGAGGAAUUUAAGGAUGAGUUCUCAUUUGUCGCAUGUUGUGUGCGAAGUGAAGAACCAAUUGCAUCUCAUCGCCAGGCUCUUGCAGACAUUUUGACCGAACGAGGAUGGCACAAAGGUGGUAACUGCGUUACACACACUUGUGGCUGCCAUUCCCAGAGUAAGCGGACUCGCAGUGCACGUCGAGGUGCAUCAAGUAGCCCGGAUGUUUGUCAGUUGUUUGGCCUGGUUGGAACACCCACACUUUUUCUGUUGGACACCUCAAGUUACAUUUCAUGGCACGGCCGCUGUUCUUGUCAGGACGCGUCAAGUUUUCGCUUAUUUCUUUUGCACAUCUUUUCUCAAGUAAGUCAGACUCUCUGCCGAGUGUCCAGUUGCAAGUACUGUGAAAGCGACAGAGAGUAUGAACAAGAAACCAAUAGCUCUGACGACGAAAAAAACGCCGAAAAUAUUGCAGGUCAACAACAUAGAGAAUCAUCUGAGCUGAAGUUUUUACAUCAACGACUUCACGGAACUAAAUCAGACAGCGCUUCCUCAGGGACACUUUUGGUGCCUGCAGGCUAUAAAAAGGAACGUGCCAGACCAAAAACAACCACUGCUUUUGGUCGCUUUGCAAGUUCAUCUAGUUACAACAGCUUAAGAGGGUUUGUUGAACCGUACAAAAGUUACCCCCGUUCUUUUAGUGCACGUGGAUUCAUUCAUUCAUCCAAUCAGAAUGACACUGGAGGGUCGGAGUCAUUAGCAAGGAAACAUCGUUCUGGCACUCCGCAAACUAGUAACCAAUCCCCUUCUGGCAGACUCGCGCUCCCGGUUAUUUCCCGGCAAAGAAUAAAGAGAUCUCAUCCACAGGACCGAGGCUCAACGCCAAAAGUAAAAACGAAGAUAUCUAUUGAUGAUUUUGAUCUCUGUUAGAAAUUAUCUCCAGAGAAAAAUAGAAAAAUUUGACAGAAUCGUAUUGAGCUCAUUACGAGGAUAAACAUACAUCAAAGACGCAAUUAAGAUGUUUUGUAACAAAUAAUAUUUAAUGAAACCAGUAGGAAUUUCUGACCAAGUGAAGGGUUAGGGUGACUGGAUAUUGAUUGAAAAUAGAACGAGCUACAUCAAUCUCAAACAGGUUAAACAGAUUUGGUCAGCUUAUACCGUCAGACUUGGUCAGACUUUUUUCAGCUUAUAUGGCCAGUAGAUGGCACGAAACAACUACACUUCUCGGAUCAAUAUCAGUGUCUGGGCAACUGCCCACCUUCCCCUCCCUUAACCCAACAUUAACCCUGACUUGUUAUCAAUUGACUGUUGUUGAGUUAGGGGAGAGGUAGGUGGGCAGUUGUCCAGAUACGGAUAUUGAUCCCACUUUUCUUAGGUAAGUCCCACUUUUAGUUUAAAAUUGUUUAGAAAAUUAGUUACAUUUUAUUUAUACAGAGAUAACUCUAUACUUUCGUCCUGGUGACGUUAAAAGGCACAAACGUAUUUUGUUUACUCUAAAUGAGCGUUUUUGUAUCAAUCUAUUUACUUAUUUUGAUUACACUAAAUCCGUGUUUUUGUAUCACUCUAUAUUUUUUUUGUUCACUCUA